AUGGCCAAGGACCGAUUCAUCAACGCGAAUCCGUAUCCAAACGUCAAUGUAUCCGAGGAAGAGCGACUACAACUGAUCGGACUUGUGGACGGAUUUGUUCAGGACUAUUUUCAGAAAUAUGAAAAAUUUGUUCUCGUCGACAAGCACCAAGUCGACGAGCGGCGAUGGGAACACGUCAAGUCCAGAGACAAUCUCCAUAUCUACACUGAGCGCUCUCAAAAGGAAUUGGCACGCAAAGGUCUGCAACCGGAAAACGCACCAAACACGGAACCUCUGGACGAUGAUACUCCUGCGAAGGAAUUGCCGGUAAUGUUGAGUGUGGGCACGUUUGUUGGAGAGAUGGAUGAUCUCAUGUUCGGAGUCGUGAAUCCGACGCUAGAUGUUAUGCGGAUUAAAGCCUCGUACGUGCAUGAUCUCGACAGUGCGGCCGUUUUGUGUCCAGUAGUUGAACCAAGUGAAGAAGAACCGUUCCGAUCGCUUGUGGUCAAGUGGAUGACGAUCGAUGUGCCGCUCCAGUCGACGAAUUUGGUCAAAUGUCGCGAUUUUGUGUACAUUGAAGCCACCGGCAUCCUGCACUUUACCAAUGGCGACCGUGUCGGCUAUCACUUGCUGCAUUCGAUCGACUUCCCCCAGACCAAGCCACUUCCGAAUAAAAUCCGAGGGAAUCUCUCAGUUUUUGGAUUUUUCCGACAGAUCGAAGAAAAUGUGGUCGACAACUUCGCUAGCGGCAUUGUGGAUCCUGGAGGCGACAUUAUGAGGUUUCUGCUGAUUCCAACUGCAGCAGAAGCUCUGCUUUCAGCCACAAACUACGUGUAUUGUGGACAAAUGAAGAAAAUCUCGUGGAUGUUACAGCGUCGACAUUCCGCCUUUGUGCGGCAAGAUCAACCAGAAGAUUCAGACGAGUGUGUCAUGUGUACAAAGAAAACAAACAAUUACAAGCUUCGGGGUAUCGGGAGAAGCACUUGCAAGCUUUGUUAUGGCUGCGUGUGCUACCCAUGUAAAAUCCGCAGACGAAUCAGCUUCAUCGCGUUGGACGGGCAAUUGAUCCAGCGCAAAGUUACCUUUUGCGCUAAAUGUGUGAGCUUGGCUACCAAGUGUGACGCCCAAGACGCUGCGAGGGAUCAAGCAGUAGGCUACGCGGCUUACAAAGCGCUUUCAACUUCUUCGCAGUCUAACACAGUUGAGUCGUCAGUGCUUGAGUAG